UCUGAAUUAAUUACAAGUACGCACAAUAUACAAUAUAAAUGUAUGUUGAUUAAUAAAGACUUGAGUAUAAAAAUUUAAAAAUUCGAAAUAAAGUAUUCAUUAAAGAGAGCUCAAAUUACACAAAGUACCUCCACGAAACAAAAUAAUAAUGAAUCCUAACAAAUGCAUCCUAGUUGGUGAUUCAAAAAUUGGUAAAAGUUCUUUAAUAAUAACUUAUUCUAUUGAUAUAUUUCCUGAUGUAAUACCUAAUGUAUUUGGAGAAUAUAGUAAAUUUAUUGUCUAUGAUGAAAAAACAAUCAAUUUAGAAAUGUGGGAUUCAUGUGCUCUUGAAGAAUAUAAUCGUUUGAGACCUAUAUCAUAUCCUUUCAUGGAUGUUUUUUUAAUAUGCUUUUCCGUAGUAGACAGAAACUCAUAUAAGAGAGUUAAAGAAAAAUGGUAUCCGGAAGUACAUUUAAAGCAUUCUAAAACUCCGAUUAUUUUAGUAGGUACCAAAACCGAUUUAAGAAAUGAUGAUAACAUUGACGAUGAUCAAGAAUGUGUAACAUAUUCAGAAGGUGUAGAGAUGGCGAAUCAAAUUGGUGCAACUAAUUAUUAUGAGUGUUCAGCUUUAAAAAAAAUUGGAUUAGAAGAGAUUUUUAAUGAAGUUGCAAGAUUAAUUGUAUAUCCUCCAAAGACUUAA